UUUUGAAUGUUCGGCACCUGUUGGCCGGCCACUCUUGCACUGAGGAGACUUUAGCUCAACGCCAACGAGUCCACUUAGCCUCCGUGGACUUUUACGCACAAGACAAGCAAUCCUUGGACUAUUCCCCCCCUCUCCCCCCCACUUGGACUCGACCACCGCAUGCCGCAUCUCCUCCUUUCGUAUUUGUCAGCUCUUUUAACUCCUUUUUGCCAACUUUUCACGCUGCUCCCGGCGGAUUGAUGGUGAGGAUUAUGCGGAUUCUACUGCGCGUCCGUGCGCCCCAGACCUGCCCGAAGCUGCAGCCCCGGCGCCCCUGCUGAUCCCUCCAGCCUCCCCAGUCCCAACACGCCGUGCAUGAACCACCACUCUUCCAAAUGAUCCUCCCAUCCCUCCUCAUCCUUCUGGCGUCUCUCCUGCAACAAAGUGUCCCGGAGGCUCAGUCCAGUCAUGUCAGCAAGUCCCACCUUCCAAGCGUCAAGGAGCAAAACGGAGUGCAGGAGUCCCACCAGGAGAAGUUGAUAACGGUGUCCAGCGAGGGGGGGACGAUCCACAGCCCGGAGUUCCCGCUCACUUACCCCAGAAACAUGGAGUUGGCGUGGAGGCUGGUGGCGGCCAGCGACAUGAGGAUCCAGCUCAGCUUUGACCACAGAUUUGGCCUGGAAGACGCCGAGGACGGAAUAUGCAAGUACGACUUUGUGGAGCUGGAGGAUCCGAGUGACAAUACGCUGGUGGGCCGCUGGUGCGGAUCACAGUCGCCUCCCAUGGGUCACCUCUCCAAAGGCAACCAGGUCCGCAUCCGCUUCAUCUCCGAUGAAUAUUUCCCUUCCGAGCCGGGUUUCCUCAUCCACUACUCCAUCCAGCCUGCGGUUCCAGAAGCCCCAGCUGUGCUGCCGCUUUCCCAGCAGGACAUCCAGGACCUGUCUGCUGCCGUGUCGGGUCUGAGGACCGUGGAGGAGGUGAUGAAGUACUUGGAACCGGAGCGCUGGCAGCUGGACAUGGAGGACUUGUACAAACCAACGUGGCACGUGCUGGGGAAGUCCUUCAUCCACAACAAGAAGGCCAGAGGAGGGGUGGACCUCAACCUGCUGCGGGAGGAGGCUCAGCUCUACAGCUGCACGCCCAGGAACUUCUCUGCGUCUUUGCGCGAGGAGCUGAGGAGGACCGACGCCAUCUUCUGGCCCAGCUGCCUCCUGGUGAGGCGCUGCGGCGGAAACUGUGCCUGUUGCUCGCAGCGCUGCUACGACUGUCAGUGCGUGCCUGCCAGGACCGCCAAGAAGUACCACCAGGUUCUGCUGCUGAAGCACAGAAGUGGAGGUCGAGGCCUUCAGAAGUCCAUGACUGACGUGACCUUGGAGCACCACGAGGAGUGCGCCUGCGUGUGCAAAGACCAGGUCGGACACCUUUAGCCGUCGCACCGAUCGGGCGAAUCGUGCUCAACGUCAACAAAGAGCCGAAGACGAAAAAUGGACUUUCUGUCGUCAACAAUAACAGAUCUUUUUUUUUGUUUGUUUUUUUUUUGCUAAUGACACCAAAUGGUUGCGUGUAAAUAUUCACUUUCUUUGUUUUCUACCAAAGAGUCCUUGUUUCUACUAUUUAUUGCUAUUUACUUUGCAGACCUGACACAUUACUAGGACACACGUCCAGUGUUUGUACAGUAAGACUCCGUUUACUCUUUCUUCUUUUUUUUUUAUUUUUUAUUUCAUCUUCACUUAUUUAUCUCGGAUUCCCUGCAGCAACUCUUCGUGUAUUUUAUGGUACGCAAGUUCUGAAAUAAAGUUUUUCAUUUCU